UCUAGAGCCGCGCCAGCGGGAGGACGCUUUGAUUUCCCUCUGGGUCUUUACUCUGCCGUUCAGGGUCGAGGAGGCCCCAGAAGAACCUUGGAAUGGACGAAGAGGGAGGGCGGCAGCCCGCUGGGCCACCCGCAAGGAAGAAAUUCCUCAUACCACUGGACGGGGAUGAGGUCCUUCCUCCUGGGGUUAAGCCCUUAUUCAGAUCUACACAGAGCCAUCCCAGCACGGAGACCUCAGCCCAGGCAGCCCCUCAGACCUACGCUGAGUACGCCAUCUCGGGACCUGUAGGAGGGGCUGGAGCCACACACUCCACAGGGACAGAGCCCCAGGCAGGGGAGACCCCCAGCCAGGCUCUCAAACCAGGGACAAAAUCGAACAGCAUCAUUGUGAGCCCCCGGCAGAGGGGCAACCCUGUACUGAAGUUUGUGCGCAACGUGCCCUGGGAAUUUGGUGACGUGGUUCCUGACUACGUGCUGGGUCAGAGCACUUGUGCCCUUUUUCUCAGCCUCCGCUACCACAACCUCCACCCAGACUACAUCCACCAGCGGCUGCAGAGCCUCGGGAAGAACUUCGCCCUGCGGGUCCUGCUCGUCCAGGUGGACGUGAAAGACCCUCAGCAGGCCCUCAAGGAGCUGGCUAAGAUGUGCAUCCUGGCAGACUGCACGCUGGUCCUUGCCUGGAGCCCCGAGGAGGCUGGGCGGUACCUGGAGACCUACAAGGCCUAUGAGCAGAAGCCAGCGGACCCCCUGAUGGAGAAGCUGGAGCAGGACUUUGUCUCCCGGGUGACUGACUGUCUGACCACCGUGAAGUCAGUCAACAAAACGGACAGUCAGACCCUUCUCACUACUUUUGGGUCUCUGGAACAGCUCAUAGCUGCAUCGCGGGAAGAUCUGGCCUUGUGUCCGGGCCUGGGGCCCCAGAAGGCCCGCAGGCUGUUUGACGUCCUACAUGAGCCCUUCUUGAAAGUGCCCCGAUGACCUCAGCUGCGGAGGCGGUCCCUGUGUAACAAUAAAGCAUUUCCCAUC